AUGGAUCACACUCUAGUUCUACAACCGGAGCGUCCCCUGCUCGCCCUGCUCGCUCUCAACAUCGUCCUCUAUCUGUGGUACAUCAACCGUUACCACCUCGUCAAUGAGCCCUUCAUCCUCCACUUCAUCGACUUCGUUCAGGCCGGUGUACCGGGUUUCUUCUUGUACGGCCUCUAUGGCGCCUUCGCUCCUGUCCUCCGUCGUCUUCUGGCCGCACGCAUGGGCCACGACAACCAAGACACCGACCAGAAGCAAAUGAAGCCACUUUACCCGUUCUGGAAACCCACUAUUCCAUCCGGUCGCUGGCGAACACUCCGUCAAAGGCCCGACCGACGUCUUCAUAACGAGGCCACGCAGUUCCCCGAAGAUGCAGCGGAAGCCAACACCAUCUGGAUCUUGGGCUCCGGCAAGAUCAUUGUCACCUUCCACCGGCCGCUGGGCAACUGGGCACAUACAAGCCCAUAUGACCGCCUACAGAUAUGCCACCCACUACAGGAUUCGGAUAUGGAUUGCAAACAGUGGAGCAAGGACGAGCUGUUCCGACUCCAGGAGGAGAUCCGCAGGUACAGCAUGCGUCAGCUGAACAGCAGGGAAACCGCUUGGAUAGAUCCGCCCUUGAGCGAGGAAGCUGUGUUGUUGAGUCUUCGCGUCGUGCGGACAGCGUGCUUACAGGCGGCCAGAACUCUACGCAACACGGGCGUCUCAAGCCAGAUCCAAGAAGGCAAGGGGGUGGCCACGUGGUCCCGCCUGCCACUGGAGACUUCUGCCCCAGGGUUGUAUUCCGACACCUCAAACCUGGGCUCGGCACACGCCUUUCAAACAACCGAUGAGCAAAUCGAAUAUAUGCGGGCCGAAGGCGCACGCUUCUACGACGACACGAUCCGGGACUACUGGCGUUUGCUGAAGAGACUCGAUGGGGCCAUAGAAUGCCACGGCCACGACAACGAUCCAUCUGCAGUGCGAUUUCGAGCUCAGCUCCAGGCUUUCGCAGAAGAAAUGUCUGCACGAGAGAAAGCCGCGUCAGCUCAGUGCAACAUGUCGGUUCCGGCAGAAUCGUCGGGUAAACUCUUUAGCUGUGUUUCCUGGAAGACGGUUGAUGGACGAGAAGGCUCUGUUAGGAUGCCGAUUGAGGAACUGGACAUCGACUACACGUCAUUCAAGGGAUUCAACGAAGAUCUCUUUGCAAAACGACCUCUCGGGUCGUUCUCGAUUGCUCGGCUCGGAAAACCCAGCAUGGCAGAUGCGCCUGAGGCGGACGCGUCCGGAGACAAAACACCUCACUCUGGUGGGGCAGAUGAAGCGCUCCUGGGCGGCAAGUACCACAUGGUCUCUGCUGGUCCUGAGAAGGACGAAGUAGGCGAGGGUGAGCGUAUCGUCUACUAA